AUGAGGAAGCAGCAGUUUGAUGACGUGGAGGCGGAAAAAGCGGAGGCGAUGAGGAGAUACAACAACCUGAGACGGUUCAGGAACACUGUGCGAGCAGUCGCCGUGGCUUUCUUCUGUUACUUGUGGUUUCCCGCGGUGGCGGUUUCGCUGCAAGCCGCGGGAGCGGUUAUCGUAACCAAUCGCGCGUUCGUCUUCUUCUUCGCUAACACACUCGUCGCUUUGAUCUUCCUCUUGUCUCGCGAUCGUGCUGAUGAAGAGAGCACGAGUGUUGGUAGUAGCACCGAGCCAGAUCUGUACGAUCAGUACACAUCCUUCUCCGUCGUAACCGUAACCGCCUCCGACGAGGAAGCUGUAGACGGUGCUGAUUCGAAAAGGCUGAUCGCUCCGGCGUUUAUCGCGGAGGAGGAGAUGGUGGUGGUGGUUGCGGAGAAGCAGACCGUUCCGGCGUUUAUCGCGGAGGAGGCGGUGGUGGUUGCGGAGAAGCAGAUGGUUCCGGCGUUUAACGCGGAGGAGGUUGUUGUGGAGGCGGCGGCUAAGGGAGACUAUAGGAGGACGAGAUCGGAGAGGAAAAAGAAGGCUAAACGGGAGGUGACGGAGUUUCGGAGGACUGAAUCGGCGGGAUCGGCGAUGGAGAUAGAGAGGUUGAGCAGCGAGGAGUUUCGUUUGAAAGUGGAGACGUUUAUAAUGGAGAAGAAAAGAUCUCUUGUUCUCGAGGAAAACGACGCCGUUGAACGGCUAGACCACUGUUCCUCUGGACUUGAGCUCGUUGGUGGGGCUGACUCUAGCUGCGCGGCCUCGUGCUGA